UUUGAUCGGAGGACGAUGGAUGUUUAUUCAAUAUUAACGGUGUUCCUCGUCGUGGCUUCUAAAGUACUGUAUUUACAAGCGGGGAAGUCAUUUCGAAACGACUUGAUCGCUAUUCCCACAUGUAACACCAUCAUCUUAGGAUCGACCGUGUUCCCAUGUGCUAACCGUUAUCAAAGGAACUGUCCUGAACUGCCGCUCAAUGAACCGAACCCGGGAGCAUGGAUGAGGAGAAAUUGCCUGGAUCCAACACGACCAACGGUGAUAACUCCAUUCUUCAACAGGUCCAAUACAGUAUUCAAUCACACCCGUACCCAAGGGGAAAAUGUGGUUUUGAGAUGCCGUGUCAACAGGUUCAACGACAAAUUCAUCUUGAAGUGGACGAAACGCGACAAGGGAAGCGAAUUCUCAGAACCAAUAUUCAGCAGCAACAUGAAAACUCCGAUAAACUCUCGUCGGAAUUUUUCCAUGGUGUACAGCCCGGAUAACCAAUCGGUCACUGCUGAACUGCGGAUAUUUCAACUCGGUCCAAAUGAUGCUGGAGUUUACCGAUGUGUCUUCCAACAGAUAUCCGGAUUUGGGUCUCGAUCCGACCUAUCUGAUGAGCAGGUCUAUAGGAUUACUGUUAGAUAUCCAGCAAAAGUUAGGGGCAUUGGACCUCGGAUGGCGCCAUUUUGGAGCUGGGAUCAGCCUGGGAGAAUCUAUGUCAACGAGACAGACAAUAUCACAUUGACUUGUAUAGCAGAUGGAUUCCCAACACCCAUUGUAUUAUGGCAGCUACAAGACUACCCGAGUUUAUCCGAAAAGAUUAAUAGUUAUACCGACCUGGAUGGCUCUCUAUAUCUUCCUCAGAUAACAAGGAAUUACUCCGGCACCUACACAUGUGCUGCAAGAAAUAUUUUAAACAGACGUAGAUCAUCAUCAAGGACGGUGGAACUGGUUGUCCAGUAUCCGCCGCAAUCUGACCAAAGUUACGUAGAGCGCAAGGUUGGUGCUGGUCGGUAUGUCCUCUUACAAGGCUUGUUCACUGGUCUACCAAUCCCGACAUACCACUGGUUGAAGAACGGGAAACCGCUAUCGACCAGAAACAACUCACCGGAAGCGGUAUCAGGACGAAAACUGGUCAUCGUAGGGCUGGAGCCCGCAGAGCAUUAUGCAAACUAUACGUGUGUAGCAACAAACGUCUUAGGGUCAGCGAGUAUUACGUUUGAUGUGAACGGUCGUCCUUAUCCUCCUACAAUUUUGAACAGGAAACGAUUUGGCGCGAGACGUCGUUCGUUUGAGCUUUCCUGGUCGCCGGGACUGAAUGCUGUACACAUAAUACCAGUUACGUCAUAUAACCUCCUAUACAGACGAGUUGAAAUUAAGUCGGUAGGAAAUGUAAUGAAGGUAAACUAUUAUCCCAACGAUGCGCCUAACUCGGUCAUUUUAGCGGGCAGUUUGUCUGAGGGCGUUAGAAGAUUCUAUCUGACCGAACUCAAGGAGAAUAGCACCUACGAGACCGCAGUUUGUCCGAUGAAUGCUUAUGGGAAAGGAGAGUGUGCAAACUUCACGUUCUUUACUCCUACUGAGGACAUGAUUGUUUCUCCUACUAUUAUCGAAGAAACAGAAAACCCAGCAGAGCUCAGCCCCGCCCCAAAGUCACUUCCUGUUUCAACUGGUCGAGCCUCAUGUCGGGUGGCGCCCUCUUGUUUGUUGACAAUGAUCGCACUUGCUGUUUUCUGCAUAUCAAAUAUGGAGAUUUUGCAGUACGAGAAAACAUAGGAUAUUAUCGAACUCAGUAUACUGAAACCAUCCUGGAAAGUGAUAUCUUAUUCUAAUGUGAACUUAUUUUCUAUGUUGUGAAUACGGAGUGAUAUAUUGUAUAUUAAUUGUUUUAAAUGAAAUUAUAGUCUAUGUUCACCCUACAUUUAAAAGUACUGAAUGAAAUUUAAACUUGUAGAAAGUAGGAAGGAGAUGGAGACAACUUGCUGACAUUUUUUAAUCGGAGACAUGGGCACUAUAACCCCAACAUGUGGUAAUUUUUUUUCUUUCCGCAA